CUCCCCGCGCCGGGAGCCGCCCCCGCCCCUCGAGGCGCUUCACUCGGGGGAGGCCCGCAGGACCCUCGACUCCGACGGCUCGGACGCCGACUCGGAGGGGGGUCCGGGGAGCCCCACUCGGACCGCGGAGAAAGUAGAAGAGGAAAUGGCUGGUCCUAAUCAACUUUGCAUUCGCCGAUGGACCACCAAGCAUGUAGCUGUUUGGUUAAAGGAUGAAGGCUUUUUUGAAUAUGUGGAUAUUUUAUGCAAUAAGCACCGACUUGAUGGAAUCACAUUGCUAACAUUGACUGAAUAUGAUCUCCGGUCUCCUCCUCUGGAAAUCAAAGUCUUAGGGGAUAUUAAAAGGUUAAUGCUGUCAGUCCGAAAAUUGCAGAAAAUACAUAUUGAUGUUUUAGAAGAGAUGGGAUACAACAGCGACAGCCCCCUGGGUUCCAUGACUCCUUUCAUCAGUGCCCUGCAGAGUGCAGAGUGGCUCUGUAAUGGGGAGCCUUCACAUGACUGUGACGGACCCAUCACUGAUUUGAAUUCUGAUCAGUUCCAGUACAUGAAUGGUAAAAACAAACAUUCUAUUCGAAGAUUGGACCCAGAGUACUGGAAGACCAUAUUGAGUUGUAUAUAUGUUUUUAUAGUAUUCGGGUUUACGUCUUUCAUUAUGGUUAUAGUCCAUGAACGAGUGCCUGACAUGCAGACCUAUCCACCACUCCCAGAUAUAUUCUUAGACAGUGUUCCACGAAUCCCAUGGGCCUUUGCCAUGACAGAAGUAUGUGGUAUGAUUCUGUGCUACAUUUGGCUCCUGGUUCUUCUUCUUCACAAGCACAGGUCAAUCCUUCUGCGAAGGCUCUGUAGUCUGAUGGGCACUGUAUUCUUGCUUCGCUGCUUUACCAUGUUUGUGACUUCCCUCUCCGUACCAGGACAGCAUCUGCAGUGUACUGGAAAGAUAUAUGGCAGUGUAUGGGAGAAACUACACCGGGCCUUUGCCAUUUGGAGUGGCUUUGGUAUGACUCUGACUGGUGUUCACACUUGUGGAGAUUACAUGUUCAGUGGUCACACGGUUGUCCUAACUAUGCUGAAUUUCUUUGUCACUGAAUAUACACCAAGAAGCUGGAAUUUCUUGCACACUUUAUCCUGGGUUCUCAACCUCUUUGGAAUCUUCUUCAUUUUGGCUGCCCAUGAACAUUAUUCCAUUGAUGUGUUUAUUGCCUUUUAUAUCACCACAAGACUCUUUUUGUACUACCAUACUCUGGCCAAUACCAGAGCAUAUCAGCAAAGUAGGAGAGCGAGGAUUUGGUUUCCUAUGUUUUCUUUUUUUGAAUGUAAUGUUAAUGGUACAGUACCUAAUGAAUAUUGUUGGCCAUUUUCAAAACCAGCAAUAAUGAAAAGACUAAUUGGAUGAGAUCAUCUUGGUGUAAUGGAUUCAUGAUUAAAUGUACAGUAACUGUUGAAAAUGAAUAACUUUGCUUUCUCCCUCUAGAUUGUUCCUGGAUGCCUUGCUUUCUGUGUUACAUGUUGACAAAGUAAAGUUCCCUGUUAUGAGCAAGUCUGUGAUUACAGAAAGCCAGGAAGAACAAUCAAGAGUCCUUAUAUAUCUGUUUGAACAGAAAGUUUAAGUAGAUGUUUUCUGCCCCUUAUCUUUAGGCAGACUUAAUGUUGUGAUUGAAGUUGGCCUGUUAUCCUUACGUGUUGAGUAUUUGCUUAUUGAACUUAAGCAAAUUAACUUAAGCAAUUUGCUGGUUAAAGGAUUUUUUUUCUAGUAGGAUUCUGGUCAAGAAAUAAUUUUUGAAACUCUAGUUGUCUUCAAAAGAAAAGCUCCACCAAUUGAGUAGUAUUUGUGCUCAGUUGAACUAAUCUUUGUGUCUUUUUUAAAAGUACAACUCUUAAAAGAGAUCCAUUCUGAACCAUUUUUAAGAAAAGCAUACUGAACAUAUCAGGGUGUCUGGAACAAGAAAAAAAUGCAAGGAACUAUCCUUAAGGUGAUGAAGUACUUGUGAUGAAAACACUGGUGUCCUUAUUAAUACAAAUAGAGAGCUGGCAUUUUUAACCAAAGAUGCAAAAAAAGACUGGAGUUGCUGUUUUGUUCUGAGUGUUCAGUAUGACUAUCAGUAAAUAUUCAUAAGGGAAAAAUGGUUGCAUCCACAAAGUAAAAUUGGCUUAAUGUUAGUUAUAUAGGUACCUGGAAUAAUUUUGUGCUAUAGUUGUUAGACAGAUGACACCCCAGUUUUAUGCUUCUUUAAUGCUGUUAUCUAAUGAGCAAAAUAGUGGAGUGUUUUACUAGAUGUUAAAGUUCUUCUGUCUUUUUAAAUAGGGAGGCCUGCAUGCAAAGAAUGUUUUUUUUUCUCUCUGAAAAGAAAUUUAUAACAGGUUGCAAGCAUAAUAUAAAUUUUGGUUUUUGAAAUUUCUCAUUCUGACCAUUAGAAGUAAGCCAUCUCAGACAUACUUGGAUUAAAAAAAAGUUUCAUUGCUUUUUGUUUUUCAAUACGGUUGUGUACAUACAUUCUUUCUAUUUAGUCUGAAUUUGGCAGUCAGAAGGUGAUAUAACUUAGUUGCUGUUUAUAACACUAACUUUAGUACCUUAAGUAAUUUGACCUCUGUGAUAACAUUAGUCACUUUACUUUUAAUGAUUUUGUAUAGUAGUUAUGACAGUAGAAUGGUUGUGGAAUUGGAAUUAGAACCCCAAAUGAUAACUACUUGGAAUAGUAAUUGUGUAGUUUUUGCAUUCCAUUUUAAAGCAAGGAACCUAGCAGAAGUGCCUGGCAUAUUAAGGUCUAAAAUCAGGCCACUCUGGCAGAAUCUUGCUCUUUAUAUGGGUGAAAUUUUUUAAUUUUGCACUUUGGGUAAUUUUCCCACAUCUAUAUAAACUACAGAGGGAUAAAAGGAUUGUCAUGAAAGGAAUAUUAUACAAACAAGUUUUGACCAGUGCAAAAUGAUCCCAAUUGGGGUUUGCUCUGAACAAUGAUUUUUAUUUCUCAUUUUGAGAAAUGGCACACUAUAAUUUUAACUAUUACAAUUCAAGUUAUGCCUUUAAAUCUUAUACUUCAGAAUUUUACAUCUUAAACUAUUGAUUCUGUGACAUAGGGACAAAAAUGCUAACAUUACAACUGAAGAAACUGCAAAAUAAUGAAGGGUGAAGAAUGUUUUUCUCCUCACUUAGACUGAUUUGACCCUUGUGGUCUAAAGAUGUGUUACUGCCAGUUUUCCUAAAUGACAGUAGAGGAUCUAAUUUACUAGACUGAGACUUUUGGAGGAAGUGUUUGAAAAAAAAUCUGUAGCAACAUUAAUUCAAGAGUGUUAAAUACUAAAUAAUGAUAAGUUUUUGAAUGUCGAUCUUAUUUCCUUCAUGUGGAUUCUAUUCUAGAAUAAAAUAGAAAAAAAAAUAGCUUUGCAGAGCUAUUGAGAUUGCCUAACAGCAGACUGCAAUAAGGAUUAUAAAAAAAAACAUUGCUUUAUCUUUGGAGAAAAAGGUAAGCUAGAUUUAUAAUUUAUUAUUUUAACUAUUACAAGGCCGUGUUUACAUCAAUUAAUCAUCUUCAAGUCUCGCUUUGAAAAGUUUGAGACUUUUAAAUAUGAAACCUAUAUUUUAGUUGUAUUGUAUUGUCCAGAAAUUUUUUUUGUAUUGUCCAGAAAUUUCCAGAUUUUGUCUUUGUGGUUUUUUGUUGUUGUUGUUUUAAAAUCUAAACCACAGUCAAGGUAGCAAUUAAAAUUUACAUUUGGGGUGUGAAUGUGGCUAGGUAAAGAAGCUACAUGCCUUAGAUCUACAUAUUUUUUACCUUGUAUUAGGUUCUACAGUUCCAAACUUUAGCAACUUGCAUCAUUGAAUCCUUAAUAUAGAAAUAACCAAGAAAGUUUAGUUUGGAAUGCAAACUUCUGGUUUUAUUGAAAGCCUUUGAUUCAAGGCCAUAGAAAAUAAACCUUUUCUAUGUUUCUGGGGGCAGUGUUGCUUUUUUGUUAUGUUUCUUUUUAAAGUUCAUGCAAGGCAAUGUUACUCAAGGGUAAUUGAAGUUUGUAAGGGUUAAGAGAUUUUGAAGAAGGUAAGAUUUCUGUUAACACCAAAAUUUGGGGGAGAAAGGUUUUUGGCUUUGUUACAGAAUUCUCUAUGUAGGUAUCAUCUCCAUAGUUCUCUGUGGCCAGAAUUGCUGGGAUAAAAGUACAGUUUCCAUAUGUUGGGUCUGUUUAUUAGUUGUUUUUUUUUUUAAGUCAGAAAACAAUGAGUUUAGUCUUAGAAAUAGUCAUUUAGGUAAGUGUGGACUGUUGACAAGCGAAAAGACCCACUGAGCAAGAGACCUGCUGAUUAAUAUAACUCUGACACUGCAUGUAGCAUUCUUUUGUGUCCUGUACAUGCCUGAGUAUUGUUCCUUAGAAUUCUAAAAAUGUUAUAAUUUGUAAAUUGAGAACAGAAUUUCCAAAUCCUUUUGUUCCUGAUAUGAAACAAUCUGUUUUAGAGACAUUUGUUUGGAAAGUGUUGUUCAUAUAUUUGAAAUCAUUCAUAAACCUAAUCUGCUUUGACUGUAGUCAGCAAAAGGCAAUUUCAUAUGAACUUUUUUCAGGAUUUUAUUGCCAAAAUACUUAAGAAUAACCAUAUUUUUUUUAAACUCUGUACUAAUAAAUUUAUAGUCUCUUUAUAUUUAAGUUAUCCCUUUUUAAAAGUAAUUAUAAUAUUCAUUUGUCAGUUCUUUAAGGUGCUCAGGCAUUUGAGAUACUUUUAGAAUAGUCCAUUUACUUUCUUAAACAGUAUUGGUUUCAUUUGUAUAGUUUCAAAGCCAAGAAAGCAUGUCACUUUGCCAAUUUUACUUGACAAUUAAGACAGUUUUUGCAUUUGUAAAACUGUAAAAUUUAGCCCAAAUUGCCCCUUAAACCUCUGUAGAGGAGAAUUGUUAGUAAAAUCAAAAGUCAAAAACUUUGGGUGACCAAUGAGAAAGGAAAGAGGUUGAGUUUUUUGGUUUUUUUAUUUUUCUAUCUUUAAGUGGCUUUGAAUGAUUGAAAUUACUAUGGAAUUAGACUUUCGUUCCCCUCUGACCUAUCCCUUGCCCCAGUGAUUGGCACCUAUCUCAAAUAACUAAAAUGUGAUAUAUUACUUUGCAUCAAGAUUAGUAAAAAUAUCUGUGAAAUCUUUAAUCCAUAUUUCAGCUACUAAAAAAAUUGGUUUUUAGAAUAUGUUCUACCCUAAAUUAACCAAAGGUUUUUUUCUGUUCAGUCUAUAGCCUAUGUUUAAACAUAAGGGAGCUUUGUGCCUCAUAGGGAGGGAGAAGGAAUACUGUUUUUAUUUCAUUGUUCUUUCAGGCCUGUUCCAAUCUGAACUACUGGUUGUCUGAACAUAGCCAAAUGAUAUUAUCAGUCAGUAAUGUCAUCUUAAAAAUGCCUAAUUUUAAGUUAUUUUAUCAAAGAAUCUAUAGAUUGUUAGGACAUUUAUGUGUUUAUGACAUGAAAUAAAGGAAGUAAGAACUGGUACUUUACUGGGGGAAGCAAAAUUACCUUGGAUUAAAGUGGGCAUGUUUUAUUCUAUGAAUUCUACCUAAAGGUCACCCUUGUCCGCAGAGAAAGUAGUAUUACUUGAAGAUGUGAAAGAAAGUUCCUGUGGUAGCCAUACCUUGAAGCACAGUAUUGUACAUAAGUAAAUAUCUUAAUUCUAAAUUAAAUCCAGAUUUAACUAAUAUAUAUUAUUUUAUAUCUUUGUUGUAUUAAAAUGUUUAAAAACACUAAAAAUAAAACAUUUGAAA